AUGGUUGACAACAAUGAAUCACUCUCUCAUUUCCUCGCAUCUGCCGUCGACGCUGCUCACAAAGCUGGCGACGUUAUUCGAAAAGGAUUUUACCAAAUCAAACACGUCGAACACAAAGGAUCGGUUGAUUUGGUAACUGAAACUGAUAAAGCAUGCGAAGAACUAAUAUUUAAUCAUCUCAAGCAGCUUUAUCCCACUCAUAAGUUCAUUGGCGAAGAAACCACGGCUGCUAAUGGUACUACAGAACUUACAGAUGAUCCCACAUGGAUUGUGGAUCCCUUGGAUGGAACUACUAACUUUGUCCACGGAUUCCCCUUUGUUUGUGUCUCCAUUGGUCUUACAAUUGGAAAAGUUCCAACAGUUGGUGUUGUGUACAAUCCAAUAAUUAACGAGCUUUUCACUGCAGUCCAUGGAAAAGGAGCUUUUUUGAAUGGGAACCCUAUAAAAGUUUCUUCACAAACUGAAUUAUUGAGCUCUCUUCUUGCAACUGAGGUUGGAACAAAACGAGACAAGGAAACAGUAGAUGCCACUACCAAUAGGAUUAAUAGUUUGCUUUACAAGGUGAGAUCUCUCAGAAUGAGUGGCUCUUGUGCUCUGAAUCUUUGUGGAAUUGCUUGUGGAAGAUUGGAUGUAUUCUUUGAAAUUGGAUUUGGUGGUCCAUGGGAUGUGGCAGGUGGAGCUGUCAUUGUUAGAGAAGCUGGAGGUGUUGUGUUUGAUCCGUCUGGUGCAGAUUUUGACAUAACAGCUCAGCGUAUAGCUGCUUCAAACCCUUCGUUGAAGGAUGCACUUGUUGAAGUUCUGCGCCAAACGGAGUGA